UCUGUAUUUUGUAGAUCAUUUUAUUUAUUAUUUUUAUGCAAUGCAUUUGUGUUUUAAAUCAUUCAUGUAAUAAAAUUAGCGAAAAACAACCUAUAAUUUUAUCAUGUGACUCAAUAUUUCCACGAAAUGUAUUCAAAUUAAUACCACAGCAAUAUUCAAUGUUCAUUGAUAACCUGUAGUGGAUGUUUUAAAAGGCCUAGCACUGGCGCUUAGUUCGUUCAAAAUACACAAAAUAAAUCGAAAACCACGGCGUCGAAAAAAACAGAUAAUUCUUCUCGUUUGGAAACGGAUAAACGAUACAAGAUGCCGUCCGCAAGUUUUGGUUCCAUAUCACUUCCAGGGGGCAGUGAUUGUGGUAUAAAAGAUGUUUGGAAUCACAAUUUGCAUGAAGAAUUCCAGAUAAUCAGACAGGUAGUCCAAAAGUAUCAUUGGGUAGCUAUGGAUACAGAAUUUCCAGGAGUAGUUGCACGGCCAAUUGGAGAAUUUAGAUCGACAGCUGACUAUCAGUAUCAAUUACUAAGGUGUAAUGUUGACCUUUUGAGAAUAAUACAGUUAGGCUUGACCUUCAUGGAUGAAAAUGGAAAGACACCACCUGGUUAUACAACUUGGCAAUUCAACUUUAAAUUCAAUCUACAAGAAGAUAUGUAUGCGCAAGACUCUAUAGACCUAUUACAAAACUCAGGUCUACAGUUCAGAAAACAUGAAGAAGAUGGUAUAGAGCCAUUGGAAUUCGCUGAACUCCUUAUGUCUUCAGGUCUUGUACUCAUUGACAACAUAAAGUGGCUUAGUUUCCACUCUGGAUAUGACUUUGGCUAUUUAUUAAAAUUGCUAACAGAUCAGAACCUACCGCAAGAUGAGAAUGACUUUUUUGAGAGUCUUCGACUGUAUUUUCCAACUGUUUACGAUGUUAAAUAUUUGAUGAAGCUGUGCAAGAAUUUAAAGGGUGGAUUGCAAGAAGUUGCUGACCAGCUGGAGUUACGUCGAGUGGGACCUCAGCAUCAAGCUGGUUCUGAUUCACACCUAACUGGAAUGGCUUUUUUCAAAAUCAAAAAGAUAUUUUUUGACGACAAUAUUGAAAGUUCAAGUGGGCAUUUAUACGGUCUUGGUGCACCGUUUUCAGUGAAUGUCAAUAACUUCCAAGACAAUGGCGAAAACGGAAAUUCCUCUUGAUCUGCAGAAUCUGCGUGUGUAUCCAGACAUUCACCGCAACUACGCAUAUUUCACCUUAAAGAAUAAAUGUACAAAUCCUGAUACAAUUACAAUAAAUUGUAAAAUAUAAUCUGGUUAAUCUAGAAUCUAGAUAAAUGUGAAUUUACAAUAAACAUUUUAAUGUUCGUGUUGUACAUGAAUCAGUGCUGAUUUACGAAUUGUGUAUUUUAAUUAUUUUAUGAUAAAAUUGGAAACAUGAAUUGUGAAAUAAAAUCUGAUGUACUAGC